UGUUGUUCGUGUCCGUGCGUGUUUAUUUAUAAUCUAAUCGUCUGUGGUAUUGUCGUGUGCGUGCAAGCUUUUUAAAAAGCCUAGUGACAUUUUCUGAGAUUAAUAAUAGUCUAUGUAUCUUUUGUUGGUUUUACAAGCGGAGCUACCGUAGGUACCUAGUUAUUGUAAUUGUCAAUUAGUAAUUGUCUCAAUUUGUCAAAAUGGAGGAGUGUCAAGUUUUUGGUUUGGACGUGGAGAUGGUAGAAGUAGAGCCGAACUAUAAGAAGAGUGCGGCGCGCGUUUCUCUUGUGUCACAAGAUUUAAAAUGGUACUACGACAAAUAUGUCCGCCAGGACAGAAGAGUGUUAUGCUACAAAAAACCCAUUACCGGUUUGACAAAAGAAAUAUUACUCGGUGGCAAAUUACUGAAGAAUGUUCGCAGGGACGUUCUAAAACUUUUAAGGGAUUCCGUCGUUGUAGGACAUUCUAUUCAUUAUGAUUUUGACGUUUUACAAAUUGACGGGGACGAUUUAGACGAUAUCGAUUGUAUAGUACGUGACACAACUGAAUUUAGCUUCUUUAGAAAGGUCCGCGCUGAUGGGUCUACGCCGUCUCUAAAAGAGCUUGCACGCCAUUUCCUUGGAAAAAACAUUCAGCAGGGCGUCCAUUGCUCAGUGGUUGACGCUGCAACUGUUGUCCAAUUGUACACUAAAUAUGAAAGAGCUUGGGAACGUGAAAUAGAUUUGGAAUACUGAAAAAAAAUUAUUAAAAAAAAGUUAAAUAAAAGUAGGUAGGUAGGUAACGACCAAAUUUAUAAAUUGUAAUGGCAAUAUAUUAGUAUUCCACAGCGCCGAAUAGCGCCACCUACCACCGAAUCGAACUGAAUGUAAACUGAAUUUAUAAAGACCUCAUUAAUUUAUUAUUACAAGUUAAUAGCGUACAGUUCCCGAGUUCAAACGUCGCGUGGUGAUACGCUUAAAUAUUUCGCACUAUACCAUAAAAUCAGACUACUACACGUCAGUGUAACAUGAAAAUGGUACUAAGUAACAAAUUGUGAAGCUGGGUACACACUGUGCCAACCAAUGUUGAAUUUCGAAUGAACUUUGGCGUUGGCCAAACCGUCCGUAAAAAUCCGACCUAGGUGAAUAUUAUUCGAUUGGCACUGUGUGUACGCAGCUUUAGGCUGGUUUCAGCGUCGGCCGUUUAUAAUAACAUGGUUUGGUUUGUAAUGAAACGCGGUAGUCUUAGAUCGUAAAAUGAUCUAAGUUCACAGUGCUCCAGUUAGGCGCGUGAGUGGCCGGCGGCGCUAGCUUACACCGCGUCACUCUAAGGCCUCUUUCCAAUGGCGGAUUGUAAUAUCUGCCGCCAGUAGGCUGUUCAAAUGUUGCCGCCCGUUGUGAUGUCUGCAUUUCGAUACCCCACACGGAUAAAGUAAGGUGGAGGUCAAAUGUCACAUUUUAUAAUUAACAAACUAAAAAAUGUUAUAUUUUUAGUAGGUUUUUUUUUUAUUUCUGAUUGACGAAACAAAUUUUUGGGGCUAAAUUUGCUGCCACUUACUUAUUUGAAUUAAAACUACCUACAUAUAUUUUAAAAAGUUUUAAUCGAUUUACAAUUUCACGUGCAUCGAUUUUGUGAACUCCAGCAGAUCUUUAGUUUUCAUCCACGUUGGAUCAUCGCUCGGGAAGAUCCGACUUAUUAAAUUAACAAUGAACAUAGGAAAUUAAUUAUGUGUUAUUUACCUGUGUUUAAGUUAAUGUAUAGGUAGAUAUAUAACUGACUCAUUCAAGAAUGUGUAAGACUAUCGAAUAUUGUUCGAUGUAGGACGAUUUUCACCGUCUUGCCAGUUUUGGGUAGUCGGUAUCCUAAAAUAUUGAUUUUGGUCAUUUUAUUGCCUCUAAACACUUAUAUUUGUAAGUUUCGAGGUAAUAAUUUGACCAGGAGACUAAUUCACGACAGUUAAAUAAAAGGGCAAUAAUGUUUUUUUAAAUUCUAGAAGAAUAAAUUGUCUUUCAACGAUUGUGAAUAAAGUCUCUUACAGUGUAAACACUAGUCUAGUAAACGUCUUAGUGUAAACACUACAACUAACAUCUUUAACGAACAUUUUAUAUCUCAUUCCGUUUUUUACCCCAAAUUCCAAUUUAGAUUUUAAGAAAACAUUUAAAAGUUAAAAAAGGGCCAGAAUUCGCGAUAUUUAGCGCUUUCAGUGCCAAGUUGGCAGCACUGGAUAUCGCUACGACUUAAUGAUGUUGCAUAUCGUGCGUAGCGUUGAAAAUUCCGAAAGAAACAAAUUGUUUUUUUCGGUGAAAGAAACGUUUUUUCGUUUUUUACCGUUUUAUUGGUUUGUUACAUUGAAAUAUAUCAGAAUAAAACCUUGGGGAAAAAACGGUUUUAUUGAGAUUUUCGUCGUUUGUUUCGAAAAAUAAGAAAAAAACGAUUGGAAAACUAUAUAUAUAUAUUCUAUGUAUAAUUACCAAUUUUUAAAAUAAUGAUGCAUAUUGUAAGGAAAUCAAUACUUUUCCUAUCGUAUUUUUCCGUUUCUUUCAUAUUUUUCCGUUUUAUUAAUAAAAAACAUGAAAUAUUUCAUUCUUAUCUUUCUUGAAACUUUCGUAAAAAACUUGUAUAAAAACGAGGGAAUUUGAAAAAAACCGGAAAAUUUCCCGCUUUUUUCAACCCUAAUCGUGCGACAACGAGUCAGUCGCGCGAAACGCUGCACUCAGGCUUUUUAAUUUAUAGACGUUUACCUAAGUCGUUACGAGUAGGUAGGUAUGUGCAGCCGAAGUCUUGCGAAAUAUGCGCGAGCUCUAAAGCUUAUUCAGGGAGCCUAAGCCCUUUAGUAUUAGUCUCUCUCUGAACGAGCCAAUUUAAUGAAUAAUGUUCCUUUUGAUUUUACUUUUUGUACGUGUGAUCUAAAUAGUGGCUUUUUAUUCCUGUGCCAUUUAGUGACAAGUGACAUUAAAAUUUAAACCGUGUUUAGCGCCAUCUGUUGUUCCUUUUUGGAACUGUUAUCGUAGUGUGAGUCUGUGCAAGUACAAGAAAUUAAACGAAAUGACAGAUUUUUUGCAACUUUUUAUUAAUUAGGUCGACUAAAAUAUAAUACCUAAUAGGCCUAAGAAAUAUUAAAAAAAUUGCAUUUAGUGCUCGCACUUGAAAGCAAAAUGUUUGCCUAUCAGCGGUAACACUACGGAACAAAUAAAAAUAAAUCAAAAUUGUUAGUAACAAUGCUUCUAAAUUCAAAACUUUUAUUAAUUAAUAUGGGCCUCUUCAAUAUCACUUAAUAAUAGUCACAUCUUUUUUUGUUUCACAACAUUGGUUGACGUCAAAUAAAUUACUUGAACUAAGUUAACUGCCGCUUCCAAGGCGUCAGUGCAGAAGAAGCGAUAACAAACUGCACUGCAGCAUUUUCUUCCCUAACAUCGCUUGGAUUAGAUAACUUACAUAAAAGCGUAGGAUAUAAGAAGGUUGUGUAUGAUUUGCGUUUGUAAAUAUUUAAACUAAUUUUACUUUCAUGUCACACAUCAUUGGCACAUAUUUCAUUAAAACCAGGCUACGUCAAAAUAUAAAGGUUUUUUUCUGCGGUUCUUGUAUUGUUUUGUGACCACACUAAAUGCGUUAAGGGAGUUAACGCAUUUAGUGUAAAUGCGUUAAGAGAAAUAACGCAUUUAGCGUAAAUUACCGCAAAAUUUGGGCAACGAAAUGAUACACUGGCUGCUUUUUUUCCCUUAAAAAUUUUGGCGUAGAUAUAGUUUGUAUUUUCUUUUAAUUAAGCAAUAUAUUCAAACUUAAUUUUAAUUAAGCAAUAUAUUAAAAGUUAAUUUAGACUUAUUAUCUAAGAAACAAUAAAUAUAUAACAACUAGCUAUACCAAAUUACAUAUUACCUACCUUUGCUAUGAUGUAAUAUGUUCUAUCAUACAUACAUACAUAUAGUCACGUACACCCCUUGCAGGGUAGAUAUAGCCAACCCAACAGGCAGUGCAAAAGUCUGACAGUCCACGUUCAGCUAUUUGGCUUGAUGAUAUAAUUGACAAUAUUCAAAUAGUGACAGGUUGCUAUCGCCUAAAAGAAGAAUGCCAAUAUAAGCCUAUCUCUUAAUCGCCUUUUACGAUAUCCAUGGGAAAGAGAAGGUAUGGUCCUAUUAUUUUUUUAUUGGUGCCGUUAAAAAAUAACACAGACAAAGACAAACCUCUAUGGUUUUCAGUGCUUUUAACUUGGUUAUGUAACCAACCAUGUAUAAUAAUUAUUUUUUUCACUUUGUGUAGGUACCUACAUCUUAUCUGAUGUACCUAAGGAGAUUGUUCCUUUAUCUAUAUUGGAAAUAAUAUGUAAAAACAAAGAAUAGAUCUAAGUGCAUUGUAUUGUAGUUAGGUAGGGGUAGGUAUUAUGUUUUUUAAGUUCCGAUAAAUUUAUGAUUUCGUUUGGGAAUACUCAAUAAUGUUGUAAUCCUUUAUUCUUAAUAUGACUUACAAUCAAUACUUACAUAUCUCUAGUUAGGGCUUGAAUUACCUAGUUUGUAUUAUAAAAGGCACUCAAGUUAGAGCUAAUUUUAAACUUUCUCGUUGCAUUAUAAAUAUUUACUACAGUUUUCUUUAUAAAUACUUAGGUACUACAGGUAUUAAACGCGCACGUAAUUUACCGUUAUUUUAUUUCGGAAAAUUGUAACAUGAUGCGACACGUUCGAGAUAAUAUAAAGGUACAUUACAUGCGCGUUUAAUACCUGUAGUAAGUACUUAUUUAUAAUUAGCGAUCUAUGUAGUUAUUCAUUCAUAUAUGUUGCCUCACUCAAAUCACACCAAGGACAUGGGUGCAUGUAGAUAUUGCAAACACGGUGAUGUAAGCGUGGUCAAUAAUGAUCCUACUACUAUUAAAAAGGCGAAAGUUUGUAUGGAUGUAUGGAUGUUUGUUACUCUUUCACGCAAAAACUACUGAACCGAUUACCAUGAAAUUUGGUAUGUAGGUAGCUGAAGACCCAGAAUAACACAUAGGCUACUUUUUAUCCCAGAGUUCCCGCGGGAUUGAUAGGGUUUCCAUGCGGACGAAGUCGCGGGCGGCCUCUAGUAUUUAAAUAAAAUUGGUCAAGUGUGAGUCAGAAUCGCGCACAAAUGGUUCCGUUCCAUCGAUAUUCAGAGUACAAAAAAUCGUGUAAUGUUUAGAGCAGAAAUAAGUAAAUACCACGUUUGUUGAAUCACCUUAAAUACAUAUCCUACUAAUAUCAUAAAUACGAAAGUUUGUGAGUAUGUCAGUAUGGAUGUUUGUUACUCCUUCACGCAAAAACUAGUGAACCGAUUACGAUGAAUUUUGGUAUGUAGCUAGCUGAAGACCCAGAAUAACAUAUAGGCUACUUUUUAUUACGGAGUUCCCGCGGGAUUGAUAUGGUUUCCAUGCGGAAGAAGUCGCGGGCGGCCUCUAGUUUUGUUAUAAUUCUAAUGUUUAAUAGCUGUUUGCUUUUUUAAGAGCCACAAUUGUGAAUGAUGUAUGAAUUUCACUGUCUAUCUAUUGAGGUACAAGUAGGUACCUACUGGUGACAGUCUUGACGAAAUAGGAACCCGUUUUUACCAUUUUCGUGAGGAACCCUAAAAAUUGAAUAUUUUUCGAAUAGAAUCAUAUUAAUAAACAUAAGGCAUGAUUAGCCAAUGACGUAACUACAGUGCCUUAAUAUGUGUGCCUAUGUUAGAUGUAUCUUUUAUUAUUACAUAACAACUUGUUAAUAAUGUGCCUUCAAAGAAAACAUUUUUGUAAGAUUUGUAAUACUUAAAUAAAGCAUUUGAAACUUAAGUUUUUUUAGGAAACAUUUGAUUUAGGGUAUGAGUAUACAGUAAAGAUCCUAAUAUUAAGCCAUAUAUUACAUAGAUCUUUUAUUAUUACAUAACAACUUGUUAAUAAUGUGCCUUCAAAGAAAACAUUUUUGUAAGAUUUGUAAUACUUAAAUAAAGCUUUUGAAACUUAAGUUUUUUUUAGGAAACAUCAGUUUUAGUGUACGAGUAUACAGGAAAGAUCCUAAUAUUAAGCCAUAUAUUACAUAGAUCUUUUAUUAUUACAUAAUAACUUGUUAAUAAUGUGCCUUCAAAGAUAACAUUUUUGAAAUCUUGUAAUACUUGAAUAAAGCUUUUUGAAACUUA